AUGACUCCUCCUUCAGCAAACACCCUCAAGGACUCCGUUUCGUCCGUCGAAUCGUUCACAAAGAUCGACAAGGCCACCCCCUCGGCUUCCACCAAGGCUUCUGAGUCCAUCUUGAAGUACACUGCUUUGGACGACAUUCCUGUUGGAGUCAAGAAGCUUACUGACUCGUUCCACAAGAAUGGAAAGACUCACUCCAUCCAGUACAGAUUGAACCAGUUGAGAAACCUCUAUUUUGUCAUCAAGGAUAACCAGGAUGCCAUCUGCGAUGCCCUCUUCAAGGAUUUCGGCAGAGUGCCUACUGAGUCGCAGAUCUUGGAAAUCGAUGGAAGCUUGAACGAGUUGGUGCACACCAUGGCCAACUUGCACAACUGGUUGAAACCCGAACCUGUCAAGGACUUGCCCAUUACAUUGAAGCUGAAUCCUAUCUACAUUGAAAGAAUUCCCUACGGAGUUGUGUUGAUCAUCUCUCCCUUCAACUACCCAUUCUUCCUCUCAUUUUCAGCCAUCAUUGGGGCCAUUGCUGCUGGUAACGUGGUUGUGUUCAAGCCCUCCGAAUUGACCCCACACUUUUCGCAGUUGUUCACUAACUUGUUGUCUGAGGCUCUUGAUGAUGACCUUUUGUUCACCAUAAACGGUUCGAUUCCCGAGACCACGAAGGCCUUGGAACAGAAGUACGACAAGAUCAUGUACACCGGUAAUAACGCUGUAGGAACCAUUAUCGCCAAGAAGGCUGCCGAGACUUUAACUCCUGUCAUCUUAGAGUUGGGAGGAAAGUCACCAGCGUUUGUCUUGGACGAUCUUUCUGAAAAGGAGUUGACCGUCGUAGCCAGAAGAAUCGCAUGGGGUAGAUUUACCAAUGCUGGUCAAACCUGUGUGGCCGUGGACUAUGUUUUGGCUCAUGACUCUAUCAAAGAGAGAUUGGUUCGCGAGAUCGUCAAGGUGGUCAAGGAGGAGUUCUAUCCAGAACUUAACAAAGACAACAAGGACUUCACCCACAUUAUCCACGACCGUGCUGUAUCCAACUUAUCCAAGAUCAUCAAGACCACCAAGGGUAAGAUUGUUGUUGGAGGUGAUGUAGACGAAGCCUCGAGGUACGUGGCUCCAACUGUCGUGGACAAUGUAGACUGGGACGACUCUACCAUGAAGGGCGAGAUCUUUGGUCCUAUCUUGCCUAUCUUGUCGUACAGCUCUUUGGAUGAAGCUUUGUCAAGAUUGCAGAGUCGUCAUGACACUCCUUUGGCACAGUAUAUCUUCACUGGUGGAUCGACUUCCCGUGCUAAGAACCCUAAACUUAACAAGAUCUCACAGCAGAUCAGAUCCGGUGGUGCUGUCAUUAACGAUGUCUUGAUGCACGUAGCCUUAACUAAUGCCCCAUUCGGAGGUAUUGGUAGUUCCGGUUCGGGAUCGUACCAUGGUUGGUUUUCUUUCCGUGCAUUUACUCAUGAGAGAACCACCAUGGAACAAAAGUUGUGGAACGACUUUGUUUUGAAGGCUAGAUACCCUCCUUUCACAGAAAAGAACCAGAAGUUGGUCAGUGCUUCACAGACAGACUACAACGGUAAGGUCUGGUUUGAUAGACAAGGGGACGUCAGAGUCAAGGGUCCAUCGGGCUUGUUCAGCACUUGGACUUCUGUUGCUGGUGUCGCAGCCUUGAUCUACUACUUUGUUGGUAAUUUGUAG